UAUAAACACUUCUACUCCUCCAUUUUUCAUAUUCCAACCAGAAAAUCAUAUUAUUAGAGUUUUUCUCUAUUAGUAAAAUCUAAGUAAUAUAUAUCAUAUUAAUCAAUGGCAAUGAUGAAGUCUGGUUUCUUCUUGUUCAUGUCAAUUCUCUUUCUCACCUCUUCAUUGUCAUAUGGUUACAAGUUCAACGUUGGUGGCAAAGAUGGCUGGGCUGUGAAACCCUCACAAUGGUACAGUCCUUGGGCUCAGAAAAACAGGUUUCAGAUCAAUGAUACACUUUAUUUCAAGUAUAACAAAGGAUCUGAUUCAGUGUUGGUGGUAAAUAACCAAGACUACAACUCAUGCAAUACCAGCAAUCCAAUUCUCAAAAUGGACGGUGGAAACUCAAUUUUCAAAUUUGAGAGGUCAGGUCCUUUUUUCUUCAUUAGUGGAAAUGUUGAAAAUUGCCAAAAAGGUGAGAAGAUUAUCGUGGUGGUUUUGUCUCCAAACCACCAUCGUAAACAUCAUCAUGGUCCAUCAUCAUCACCUUCUCCGGCUGAUUUACCGGAGGAGAAUACUCAUUCACCUAAUUCCACCGUUGAUAAUACUCCGGCGAAUUCACCCGCUCCUUCGGGUUCACCUAUGUUAAGUGGUUCAAUUGGUGUUAGUGUUGGGUUUGCUUUAGUCUUAGGAAGCUUUGUUUUCUAAGAACGUGGGUAUCCUAUGUUGUUUCUUUUGUUUGUGGUUUGUUAGGGUUGAGUUUUGUGUUUUUUUUUAGUAGUUUGUGAUUAUGUCUCAAACUAUUUUUUGUUUCAUUGUUUGAAUUUUAUUUAUUAUGUCUUAUUAAUUAUCAUAUUUUUAUAUAAGUCAGAUGAAUAUCUGCUAGUACGUUUUUAAAGUGUGAAAA